UCCAACAACACAAAAACAAAUUGAAAAUUCACGCGAGGAAAUCCACAAUAAUCUCCGGCAGUGCAGCGGAAAAAUGGUCCAGCAAGAGUUCCAAGCGGUGGUGUUGGCGGCCGGCAAAGGAACCAGAUUGCCCGAGAUACUGGAAGGCCGGCCAAAGUGUUUGCUUCCGGUUGGACCGUAUCCGAUGAUCUGGUAUCCGCUGAACUUGCUGCAGCGCCACGGAUUCACCGAGGUCCUGGUGGUGGUACAGGAAACGGAAAAGUCCGAGAUCCAACAGCGGCUCGAUCGGCUACAGUUGAAGCUGAAACUUGACUACCACACGGUCCGUGCGGAUUCGGAGUGUGGCACGGCGGACUCCUUGCGGCAGGCUUCGGAUAAGAUUAAAACGGAUCUGGUGGUGCUAUCGUGUGACUCACUGAUCGAGGUGAAGCUCUAUCCGUUGUUGUCCAAGUUUCGCGAACUGGACGCUUCGCUGCACAUGUUCGUGCUGGAGGCUGGUAAGGAUCAGGACGUGGUCAUACCGGGGCCAAAGUCCAAGUACAAAGCCGAAAAGGAUCUUAUUGGAUACGAUCGAACGACGAGUAAGCUGCUGUUUAUGGCAUCGGCGAGUGAUUUUGAGGAAACGGUUAAACUGUCCGGUCACCUGCUGCGCACCAAUCCGGAGCUCACCAUCUCGUCCAGCCUACUCGAUGCGCACGUUUACGUGAUGAAGAAGUGGAUUGUGGAUUAUCUCGCCGUCAGCGAUACGAUUUCCGCGGUCAAGGGCGAACUGCUGCCGCACAUCAUCAAGAAACAGAUGCUGCAACCACAGUCCAUUCCGGAGGGUGAUCAGGACGUGAACGUUAAUCUGAAGGUGGAUAACGUAUUUCAGUUUGCUUAUACGACGGAAAUGGAUGAGAAGAUCGAUAGGGCAUCCAUCUUCAAUAAGGAGAAAAAGUCCAUUACCCAUCCGAUUCGGUGCUACGUACAUUUUGCCGAUUCGAGCGCAUUCGGGCUUCGCAUUAACAACGUUCGAUCGUUUCUGGCGUGCAAUCUGAAGAUAUUCGAACACUUCCCUGCACUGACCGGACUAACGGACCGUGAAUUAGUUUCCCCGACUGCUACGAUCAAAUCAACGCAGAUAACAAAGUGUGCCGUCGGUGACCUGACAACGAUAAGUGAAAAAACUUCUCUCAGUGCCAAUGUGAUAGCAAACGGAUGUAAGGUGCAAUCGAAAACGCGCAUUAACGGAAGUGUCCUGAUGGACGGUGUAACGGUCGAGGAAAAUGUUGUCAUUGAUAAUUGUAUCGUCGGAGAGAAGGCGACCAUCAAAAGUGGAUCCGUACUGAAGAACUGUCUCAUUGGACCACAGUUCGUCGUGGCUGCCAAUUCGAAAAAGGAAAAUGUGUAUCUGUCUAAUGCGGACGGUUUCAUGACGAUCGAUUAAAGCGUUGGUAAACCUGCGAAUGUCACCGGUAUUGAAGCUGCCACUGGACUGUUG